AAAGAGAAAGACAUGGAGAUUGUUGUGUUGAGAAGAAAAAUUGCCUUGCUUUAUGAAGCAUGUGCUAAUUCAGUCUUGGAGAUUGAAAAUAAAAAAGCUGAGUUAUUAGGAAAUAAUUUGGCUGCUGUAGAUCUGAUGACUAACAUGAAGCCUAUAAUAUUGGUUGAUGGAGUACUUUCUUUCGGUGGACAAAAUAGUGUUGCCACUGAGGAAAAUAUAAAGACCAUGGCAGAUAAACUUUUUUCAACAGUGAGAUUUUUCGAGUAUGAAAGCUGAAAUUACUGAAGGAAGCCAAAGGGAAAUGAAAACAACCAUAGCAAAUUUGCAGAAAGAGCUUCAGGAGAAGGAUAUCCAGAAAGAUAGGAUAUGCAUGGAGCUGUUGAUCAAAUCAAGUUAGCUGAAGCGUCUGCCGCGAAUUACUCACGAGAUCUCCAGUCUUCAAAAACCCUGGUGUAUGAUUUGGAGAAAGAACUGGGAGUAAUGAGGGAAGAACAGACUUAACUGCAGCAGAGAGUAAAAGAACUGCAGGAUGUGCAAGCCAACACAGUGGAAUUGCAGAAUAGAGUCAAAUCACUGGCAGAUGUAUUAUCAUCAAAAGACCUAGAAAUUGAAGCCCUUAUGCAAGCACUUGAGGAGGAGGAGGUCCAAAUGGAAGAGUUGACAAAGAAGAACGAGGAACUGGAAAAAGUACUGCUACAGAAGAACACAGAUUUAGAGAACCUUGAAGCUUCUCAUGGAAAGGCUGUGAAAAAGCUUUCCAUCACAGUGAGCAAGUUUGAUGAACUUCGUGCUCUAUCAGAAAGUCUUAUUACCCAGGUUGAACAUCUGCAAUUACAACUACAAGAUCGGGAUGCUGAGGUUUCCUUCUUAAGACAAGAGGUCACAAGAUGCACCAAUGAUGUUCUCGCCGCUUCACAAACAAGCAAUAAAGAAAAGUCAGAUGAGAUAAAUGAGUUUCUGAUUUGGUUUGGAUCAAUUGUUCCUCUUGUUGGUUUACCUGACCUUCAUUUUGAUACGAAGAAUAGUCAGGUGCCUGAAUACAAGGAAAUGAUACAUAAAAGGAUUAGUUCUAUGAUAUCUGAACUGCAGGACCUUCGGGGGGUUGCUAAAAAUAGGAAUGAAUUGUUGCAAGCAGAAAGGAGUAAAGUGGAGGAGUUGACGCACAGAUAAGAAACCCUAAGGAAGACUCUGCAUGAGAAGGAAUCCCAGUUAAAUUUGCUUGAAGGUGUGGGAGCUGUGGGUCAGGCAGCUCGUUUGAACUCUGAAAUCGUGGAGGUUGAGCCUGUGAUAAACAAGUAGGCAAUAGCAGGGACCUCUACAGCAUCCCAAGUUUGUAGUUUGCGCAAAGUCAAUACUGAUGAAGUUGCUAUUCCAAUAGAUACGGAUGAUGG